CUGAAUCAGUCACGAGCAUUUCACGUCGGUUGGCUAUGUCUUAUACAUAAUUAUGCACAAUAUUCGAUCACGUUUCAGUUCUCAAGUCGUCGCGUCGCGUCGUCGGUGUUAAUAUUCUUUACGCGAUCUAAUUUUAGAUUUUACAGUGAAAUAUAUAUCGGUUCGAAACAAACGACAAAUCAAUAACUAUUAAUACUCGCAUAUCGUUUUUCCGUUUCGUGUCGUUUCUGUGAUCGAUAUUUGUGUGUUAAAAAGCCAUGAACCAACAACAAUUACUCUCCUCCUUCAAGGACCGAAAACUAGCCGAGUUCAGCCUACUCUUAAAAUGCCAAGACGUGGAUAUCGAUUACUUCUACGGCGAUCCAGACAACGGUACGUUAUUAGACUUGGCCUGCCAAUCCACCGGAUACAGCGAGUUUAUAUCCAUUCUUCUCCUAGAAGGAGCUUCAAUAUGGCGCAAGAACCAGAUAACUGGUAAGUUCGCAUUAAACGAAGCUCUAGCAAAUUCCGACAACGAUACCAUUGAGUGUCUCCGCGAAGCUUGGAAACAAAACGUCACAACACAAGAUGAACUUAUCUUAGCUCAAAUGCAAACAGCCAUUAAAGACAACGAUAUCGAAACAAUGAGACUCAUAGCUCGCUACCAUCAUCAUCAUCAUCGAACCACCGAAUUAAAUUCCAAGUCUCCUCACUGCAUACUCCUUCAAGGAAGCAUCGAAGCAGUCAAGGUGUUCAUCGAAUGCUUCGACAUAGACGAAGAAUUUCAAAGGGAUUCUCACGGUCGAGGAGUUCGUACCUGUCGAGAAAUCAUACUGCAGAAAUAUCCUCAACUUGAACCCGAGCUUCCGAAGAAAUCAAUGCACAAUUCAUCAACAAUCCUAUUUUCCUAUCUGCGCAGAGGUGCUCCUGAGUUGUUCCUGAGACAAGUCAACGAAACAGAUCCCAAAAUGCUCAAUCUUGACCAAACUGAAGACGAAAAGACAUAUUUACAUGUGGCUUGCGAAUACAAUUACAUCGACGUGGUAAAUAUGCUGCUCGAAAGAGAAGUCUGUCUGAAUAAGAUUGCUCGAGAUCCAGUUGACUCUAAUAUGAAUGGAACUCCAAUCAUGAUAGCCGGAUACAAAGGUCACUACGAAAUUGUAGCCAAAUUACUCGCCAAACCCGAUGUCGAGCUUCAAAUUAAUGGAAUAGGAUCGAUAUUGCACUCGACGAUCCAUGGAAUGAAUGAGAAAACCAUAUCCGGAGACAAUCAUCGUAAAAUUCUACAACUGCUCUUGCAAAAUCCCACAUCUCCAUCUGCUAAUCGACUGAAUAUAGAUUUCAAAGACGAGAAUGAUAUGACUCCUCUUCAUUUAGCCAUCAUAUUCCAUAACGAAUCCGCCAUCAGGUUGUUGAUCCACGCUGGAGCCAAUUUAUACCUGAAAGAUCCCGAAGGUAAGCUUCCUCUAACUUCGAUUCCAGCUUCAAUCCUAGAAGAAUACUUCGACGACUGCAUUCAUUUGGAAAAAGAUCGGAUUAGUUCGACCAAAGUAGAAAAAAAGAUAAAAUUCAACUACGACGCAUUCCGUCGACUAGAUCAAAAUUCCAUUGAAACCGGUCACGAGAUGGAAUUCUUCGCUCGGAUUAAAAAAGUACCCGAGUUGAGAAGCUUAUUCAAGCAUCCUCUUUCAAAAAGCUUCCUGUAUGUGAAAUGGUGCCUGGUUAAAAAAUGGUACUACGUUAACCUGGCAUUCUAUUUGCUAUUUUGGGUAUCCCUGAGUAUGUAUAUUUUCCAAAUUCAAGACUGCCAACCCUCCUCAUUGACAACCUCCAGCUCUCCGUGGGAUUUAUGUAAUGCAUCGUGUUUGCGACUGAUAACCAUACUACUCUACAUCGUGUUCAUUUUACGAGAAUUAUGCCAAUUCUUCGUCUCAAUCAGAUCGCAUUUCAAUUUACUGGAAAACUGGCUGGAAUUUAUGAUGAUCUUGGUAGUCGGUGUUUUUUUAUUCGUCAACGAAACCAAUCCGCAAAUAGCAGCUAUUGUUAUUCUCACAUCGUGGCUCGAGCUCGUAUUUCUGCUCGGUAAACAUCCGUUAUUUUCCAUCUACGUCCAGAUGUUCAAAACUGUCGCUUUGAAUUUCGCCAAAUUUCUCGUCCUUUAUUCGAUCUUGGUCGCAUCGUUCGCUUACAGCUUUUUUAUUCUGUUCAGAAACGAAAAAAACGAGUACGUUUCAUCGGGAGGUAAUAUGAAUAAAAAUUCCAUUAGCGAAUGGCGAGAUUUGAGAGUCUCGUUCAUCAAGUCGAUCGUCAUGAUGCAUGGAGAAUUCGAAACGUGGACUUUACCGCUCGGUCAGCACUUUAAUUACAACUACGUGUUUUUCAUUCUAUUCGUCUACCUCGUCACCAUGGUACUGUAUAAUUUACUCCACGGUUUGGCCGUCAGCGAUACGCAAGCUAUUAUGGAAGAUGCCGAAGUGGUCGCUCUUAUUUCCAGAGUAAAAUUAAUCUCGCAAUUGGAACGUUUAGCUAAUAGCAAUCCAUUCCGAUACAUUCGCUCUUGCUGGCCGAAUUUAUACAAUCGAACGACAAUCUCACAACUCGAAAACGGAUACCUAUCUUGUUUCAACAAAAUAGCCAGGGAUCAGAUAAUCUUGUCCAGUAAAAUGGUUUCGGUACAUCUGAGCCAAGAUAACAAGAUACGAUUCGCGUCUCAAAAAGGGAAUAUUGGCACGAUGCCAUCGACCAUCGUCAAACAAGCCGAAAAAAUCUUGGAAAAACGAAAUCAAUCCCAGUCUGCCAAACUUGUAGAUCAGAACUUGCCAGCCAAUGAAUUAAUUAAUCUGCUCAGCGAGCAAAUACGUCAUUUACAAGAUGAAAUGGAUCGGAAAAUUUCGCAAGUUGAUGAAAAAAGUGCUGAACGUGAUCGAAAAUUGUUGCGAAGUGUCGAUCAACGAAACAUCGAAUUACUCGAAUCGAUCACGCAGAUGCAAAGCAGCAGUAAUAAGAGUUCUCAAUGAGAUGAAAUCAUGAAAAUUUUUAGGUAACUGUUGAUUUCAUGUUAAUAUCAUUUCUUUUCUAGUUUGUAUUAUUUUGUAUCACACUCUCAAUUGACCAAAAAAGACUGCACCUAGAAAAAUCGAAAGAGGGUCCACCCCCCCCCCCUCUCGACCGAAUAUCAGGCACUGAAUUUCAGGACCCGCUGAGAUGAUGAAAUUAUAUAAUACACAUCCAUGUUCCAUUUAAUGUAUUUUAGAAUUAUUUUUCGCUUAGGUAAGAUCAAUUAUGUAUAGUUUUCAUUUUCAUUAAUUUUUGACAAUUUUAGAAUUUCUAUAUUUUUUUAUAAUAAAUCCUGUUUAUAAAAUUUUUGUUUUAAAA